AUGGCGUGGAUCGCAUGGGAUACACUGACAAAGGCCAAAGGAGAAGGAGGACUAGGCUUCCAAGACAUUCAAUGUUUCAAUGAUGCGCUGCUAGGGAAGCUAAGUUGGCGGCUGCUAAAUAACCCAUCGUGUCUACUGGCUAGGAUCCUCCGGGGAAAAUACAAUAAUCAUGAAUCCAUGUUAGAGGCACAAGCUACAAACUCUUGUUCACAUGGGUGGAGGGUAAUUUUGAUAGGGCGAGAUCUCCUAGUUGAGCACCUUGUCUGGGCGAUCGGAGAUGGGAAAGCAAUGAAAAUCUGGGAAGAGCCUUGGCUGUCAACAGAGGUGUUGGAGAGGCCCAUGGGACCUGCUACGGAAGAUACAAAAGAUCUGGUGGUUGAAGCAUUGUUUCAAGAUGGGAAACAGGUUUGGGAUCCUGUUAAGGUGGAGCGUAUCUUGCAGAUGGCAACAUCCCGAGCAAGCUAG